AUGUGGCUCUUGACGAUUAUGCAGAAGCGUCCAAAUAUGGUAGUGUCAUAUGGCUUCACAAUUGAAUCUCGUCACAACAAUUAUGCUUCCAUUUACUGCCACUCUUAUAGCCAUAAUAGAUAUACAUAUAAACCUGCCGAUACCUCAAGAAAUCGUAUCGCUAGGAGCCAGACAGAAUGCAGUAAUGAUGAUGCUAGUCUUGACAGCCAUUCUGAGGACGUGGCUUUAUUGUCUCUUGCCACAGUAUCCGCAUUGACCACAUUGACCACAGCACGAUUUUCAUCAAGCAAUUAUGCACGCAUACGGUUCGCUAAUUUAAAGAUAUCCGUUGGUCAAUAUUUGGUUAACAAUGAAGCAGCGCAAGGUGUACGAAUGCUUGGUGGGAUUACGUUCCUGGGAUGUGACCCAGCCAGUCAUCUGGCUCUACCACAUUACUGUCAGCCAUAUACAGUGUUUACUUAUUGUGAUCGUGAAGGUGUGAAAAAAUCAAUGGACAAUGAAAGCUCAUCAGUGAUCGCUUCUAAGCUCUUCCAGCGAAUUGAAUACACUGUUAUCAAGUCGCCUUCUGAAGCGAGUAUCAAAAAGGAUCUUGUUGUUUCCUUCAUGGCCAAUGCAACAAUGAUAGCAAAAUCAAGAAUCUUUUUACUGAUCUGA